AGCUCAGUGGGCGUUCCCAUUACCCACUAGCUUCCUGGUCACGUGUGUGUGAUAUCAUCAAAGUCCGUCUGCUGGUUGGUAACUACAUGACAUGUACAUGGCUGCUCCACGUGUGUCUGCGUUUGCUGCCUUCCAUCAGGAGGCUAAAUCGAAGACUGGCUUGAAAAAAAAGAAGCAACGUGUAAUCUGCAAGACAGAAUACAGACUGUCAAAGAAGAAAAGGAAGCUUGCCAGGCCUGAUCCUGAAGCAUGUUUGCAACGCACAAAUGGAGUAGAUGAAGACAGGGGGGUGCAUGCACCUAGUCACACUAAAAGCUUGAACAAGAAAGAGAAAAAGUUGUGUACAGAGACAACAAAUGAAGUACUGGGACCUUUAGAACUGACAAUACAUGAUUUACAAAGCGGCAUCAAGCAGCAUGUGGGACCUUCACUACAAUCUGUAUUACAGAAUCUGGGGAAGAUCCAGAACAGCAAGGAGCGAGCUAAAACCUUAUUCAAAUGGCUGAUUUCUCCCAUUAAUCCCAAGGAGUUCUUUAGUAAUAUUUGGGAGAAGAAACCUGCUCUAAUUAGACGACACAAUCGCAAGUAUUAUGAUGGAUUUUUUUCUACUUCAGAAUUUGAUCUCAUUCUCAGAGAAGAUAAUGUACAGUUUGGUGUAAACUUGGACGUCACCAGUUAUACUGAUGGAGUACGGGAAACCCACAAUUCCCCUGGCAGAGCAUUGCCACUGGUUGUAUGGGACUAUUUCAAGAAUGGCUGCUCUUUGAGGUUAUUAAAUCCCCAGGCGUUCUCUGUCACAGUAUGGAAUGUCUUAUCUAUCCUCCAGGAGCUCUUUGGAAGCAUGGUUGGGGCAAACACGUAUCUGACCCCUCCUGGCACUCAGGGUUUUGCACCACAUUAUGAUGACAUUGAAGCCUUUAUAGUUCAGCUGGAAGGCAAGAAGCACUGGAGAGUCUACAGUCCUAGGAAUACAUCAGAACAGCUUCCCCAGUUCUCAAGUGCUAACUUCACAGACCGUGAUAUUGGAGAGCCCAUUCUGGAGACGAUUUUGGAAGCUGGAGAUCUCCUUUAUUUCCCUCGAGGGUUUAUUCACCAGGCUGACUGUCUUCCUGAUGUCCACUCCCUGCACAUGACUGUGUCUUCAUUCCAGAAGAAUAGCUGGAUUGACCUACUGGAAAAACUUCUGCCAGCAUCCCUGCAGAUUGCAGCUGAGGAGGAUGUUGAAUUUCGGAAGGGUCUUCCUCUAGACUACUUGGAGUACAUGGGCGUACAAAAUGCGGACUUGGAGGAUCCACGAAGAAAUGCAUUUAUAGAGAAGGUUCACUCACUGAUGAAGAAGCUGACGGAGUAUGCUCCAGUAGAUGCAACUGUAGAUCAGAAGGCAAAGGCGUUUCUCCAUGACUGUCUGCCUCCUGUACUUACUCCUGCUGAAAAAGCUUGCAGUGUAUUUGGUGUCCCAACAAGAUGGGAGAAUGGAAGUGUGAUUGACUGCUCCGUGGAGCUGGAGAAACACUCACAGAUAAGAUUUCUCAGAGGAAAUAUUGCAAGGUUGUGUAGUGAAGGAGACUCUUGCCUUUUAUAUUAUUCAACUGACAAUUCAAGAAUAUACCAUAAGGAGGAGGCAAAGAUCAUUGAAAUAGAUGCUGAGUAUGUGGAUUCCAUAGAUUAUCUUCUGCGUGCCUACCCAAAUUACGUGAAUGUUGACGACCUUCCCUUUGAAACAAUCGAUGAAAAGAUUGCCCUGAUCACUAUGUUGUUUGAGAAAGGCCUACUGACCACCAGAAAAAAUGUUUCUUCUCUCUCUGAAAAAUAACUGGCUGCUGAAGAUCUGUAAGGCAUAGACAAUUGUCAAGAGUCUCCAAGAACUGUGAUGACACGUAUACACUUUUACCUGACUUGUGAUAAAUUGUUCCUUUGUAAUUUAUAAACUUUGCAGCAUACCUGGAGGAAAUGUGAAGCAUCUCAAAUCCACUUCUAAAUACAUUAUUUCCUCAUGGUUGAACUGAUAUGUAACAAAGAGACAUCUGCCUUGUUUUAUUCAAUAACUAGGGGAAAAAAAGCAUAACUUACAAAUUUGCAUUUAAGGUCAUAUUAGCUUUAGUCAUUGUGCAAAAUGCCAUAAAUUAAGGGUUGGUUGAGCAAUUAAUGAAUAAACAAUUAAUUAAGGUGCAAAGAUAGCAGCUGGUUCUAUAUACAUUUUUACUGGUGUAUCAUAUUCCUCAUUAUACAAAUUUUUCUUAUUUUUCAGCAAUUGUGGAUUACAUUUCAAAUAUUUUUAAGUGAGAUAUAAUUGUCCAGCUGAUAAUUCUGCAAGUGUCUGUAAUUUCCUUUGUUUUGCUUUAUUUGCUGAUAUGUGUUUUCUCAAAGCACUGCUUAAAAAAUGGUCUUAUUUUCUGAAUGAACACAUUUCAAUCAUUUCCUUUUCAAAAGUUUUCUAUGUAGAUGAUAGACCCUUUGGAUGAUCUGAUGUAAGAAAAAUGAUUAUAUUAGUGAGAUGUAGUUAAGGUUCCCUUGGAGGAGCUAAAACUGAACUUAGGUGAGGGGUACCAGAAGAAAAACAAGUACAUUUGUGUUAAGGAUACUUUUAUUUAGAGGAAAUAAAAUUGAGCCAUAUACCAUUCCAUUGGAAUAUCAGUCCACAAUCUUCUAGAAAUGGUCACCUGAAUCGUUUCAAAGAGUAAUAAUGAAAAUCUUAACCUGUAGUCUUUUUGUGAAAAAAGAUGAACGGGGUGCUAGCCAGAUUGGCUGCAGAAUAGGAAGGCAGAUGGAACUAUCACCCCAAGAAAAAAUGCAAGCCUUAUUGAUUACUUCCAAGACCCUCCCCCCUCUCUUUCACCAAAUAGUUUUAAGAAAUCUCCUAGAUCAAAUCCCACUACCUGUUGAAUGAAGAGGGAAACCCUCAGAUGGAUUUUCGAGGGAAUGGUAUAAACACUAUAGGAUGGAAUUAGUGCCAAAAUUAAAAUAACUUGAAGGCGCUUCUAAGUGCAGUAAAACAAGACUUUAAUUAUCCCUUGUGGUUCCUCACGAAUAAACCAUCCCUUAUUGGUUUUUGUCAUGUCUUAGUUAUGUCCUUGCCUGUUUUGUGUUUAUAAUUGAGUUGGUACGUCCAUUGUUUCAUAUUUGGCUUUCAUUAUGAUUAUUUACUAUUAUUUCAUCUUAUCAGUAUCUGUCAGGCAGCAUAUGUGUUUUUCACCUGCACCCAAACAUAGUCCCACCCUAGCAACCAUAUAAGCCUUCCAUCUGCCCUGUAUCCUUGGUCAUGAAGGAGAAGCUAGUGUGCAUGCUCCGAAAUGCGCCCCGCCCUCUGAUGUCAUAUCCGGUUAAUUACGUUGCACGCUGGCUCCGCUAGUAUAUACGCCAUUAGGAUAUUCUAGGGAGAACUUCCUGCUGGGCAUCCUUUUUGUAAUUUGAUGAGCCUGAAUUCACAUCACCUCUUGUAAGUGUUUUUAAUCGCUUUUGAGCUAAUUAAAGUCUUGUUUUACUGCC